AUGGUCCCCUGGCGUGGUGACGCCGUUUGUACUUCGCGACGGUGUGAGCUGCACCACCCGGCUGCAUGGGCGGAGGGCGUGAUAACACGCAGGCAAAUCGAUGUGUCUAUUGACAGAGAUGGUGUCCGACACCCACUCCUCCGACAGUUCUCGCCCCGACUUGUUGCCGGCUCGCGCCAAUAUCCGCGUGUUGGCAAAGUCGAACUCAUAGCCUUCCUCCAGAGUGUGAGUGGCGACUUGAGAUAGUGGGUCGGCUCUCCGAACAGCCAGUUUGUGCUCAAGUAUUCGUGAGCUGAGACGUCGUCCUGUCUGGCCUGUGUAGUGGCAAGGACAGUCAUAACAUGGGAUUUGAUAGACUACGCCCGAUUGUUCAGUUGCAUGCAGCCGAUCCUUCAUCUUCAUGAUUCUGCUACGCAUUUUGACCACCGGAUGAUGGGCGAUGCCCACGCCUUACUCUGUCGCAAUGCGUUCUGUGGCCUCGGAUACAUAUUUUACAUAAGGUAGGAAGUGCCAAAUUGUUGGUGUCUCUCUGUCGUUUGUCCGUCGUGGGUGUGUACGUAUUUAGCGGUUGAUGGAACCGGUUGGAUAGCCGUUCCUUGCCAACUGGUCCCUGAGAUGCCGUGGUACUUGCAUCCCUCCUUCGGGCUCGCUACUAUGUGUUCUAACCCGGUUGAAAAGCGCCCGCACAGUCCCGUUGGUGCACCAGCGGGUGGUUGCCAUGAUAGCUGAGGACCUGGGUUGUGUCAGUCGUCUUUCUGUACGCUGUAGUUUUGAGUUUACCAUCAGAUGUGCCCAUGACGAGCACGUCAAGGGGGGGGGGCAAUUUCUCGGUCUCCUUGUCUUCGCUUGUAAAUUGAAAGUGGGAAAGAUGCUGUUAAACAGGUCAUGAAAACCCGACAGCCUGUCCUUCUCAAUGAUGGCGGGUGUAUCGUCCGCGUAUCGGUGCCAAAACGCGGGUUUCUAGUGGCUGAAAGCAACCUUUUCCAGCCGUUGUAGGACCAAUUCCGCAACCAGACUGUACAUUGGGGAAUCCAUGUUCCACGCUGGCACGUGGCGCAGCUCACAUCGCCGCGAACGACUAACGCUAUAACCACGCCGAGAGACCAUUAUGGGCCAGGCAGCACGAACAGACCUAGCCAUGUACGUAACUCCCCCUAUCGCGGCACAACGGCAUAAAUGUUCACCCGUUGUUGCCCUCUUACAGUCUCUGAUGAUGAACUCCUGUACGAGUUCGGAAGCUAGGAGCAAAAAAUUUACUGUUCCAGUGGUCAUUCGUUUGUCUUAUUUUAAACAAGAACCUGAGAUGCACAUAUUCUCUUCCAUUCGUAAAUCCGAUGUAUUCGGAUUUCCCACAACGGGCUGAGUGGUGAGGUUGAAGGUUGCAAACUAACAUUGUGAUGAGUUUGUGCUCAGGACAGAGUAUCGGGCUGCAGCGGACCAUUCUAAAUGUGGACCUUUACGGUAUCCUCGCAUAUAUGAGCUCCGUGAGCUCCCGUUAACCGUAACUUAGUAAAUAUGGGGUGGAGGCAGAUCGUGUGUGGCACGCAUAGGCUGGCUGAGUAGUUUUGUCGGCCACAGCGCCACCGUCCGCUUCCUAUUACUUUGACUUCGUCUUUAACUGGAACGAGGUCAGUUAGAGAAGAUUGUGCGGUGAAUGCAGUGCAAGUCCGCUCCAAGAUAAACGAAUCCGUGUGCGAGUUGCUGUUACUAGGACGCCUAGUGAAGCAGCGGUGAAACUCGCCUCUAGUGACGGUCGAACUGCUAAUAUAUAUUCAGUUUGAAGUCAAACAGCAUGACCCAGCAUAGUGUUCUUACGCCUCUGAACGUGAGAGUUGAUAGCCGUCACUGGUCCGUUAAUUGGCAGCUUUUUCAUCGCAAGUGACAAAAUUGGUCCUAGUACAAACUUUCACUAGCCAUACCAAAUUCAUCAAUUCUAAUGCUGUGUUCCAAUCAGCCGACGAACGGGUUUUCGCUGGCUUGUUGUCCUACAUAUAUGACGGGUAUAUCGUCCACGUAUCGGCGCCGUGGGUUUUCCUUUGAUUUGUUCGUAUGUUCAGCCAUCGAAAAUAAAAAAUAUCUUUGGCAGAAUGCAAAGAGCUGCAUUAUUUUCUGGAUCUUUGCGGCCCUGUCGUUUCGCCGUACUUUUCUUCGAGGCGUUUGCGUUGCACUUCGCGCGCCAAUUCUGGUAGGAUGGACGUGAAAAGUGAGACAACUUUAAAGAAUAACGUGAUUUGGUCGGGUAGGAUUGUUUUUCCCCGAAUGUCGGCAAGGAAUUGGGAGGCCGAAUUGACUGACGUCACUGAGCCCUCUCGGGGAAAAUUUAGUUUUCGGGACAUCCAUUUGGCUAAAUUGUAGGUGGGACUGCCUUUCAGGGCCACGAUUGGCCGCAGAUGAACGCUGAGUUUGUGGAUUUUUGGUAGUCCAUAGAACCUGGCCAACGCCAUGUCGGUUGGUUUUGUCUUGCGCUAUUCGUUAGACGAGUUUACAUUGUUGCGCCGGAGUCGGCUUAAGAGUCCAGUCAGCUGGCCAAUCAUCGAUUUGGCCUGAGAGGCAGGUGCGGACUUGUAGGGCUGUUGGUCGUCCAGGAGAGCUUGUGCCUUCUCGUUGUAAUCAACGCGGUUCAUCACAACGGUUGCUCAUCGUUUGUCGGCCGGUAGCACUAUAAUAUCUUUGUCCAUUUUUAAUCUCUUCAUUGCUUCUAUUUCUGCAGGUGACAUAUUGCUAGAGUGCAGAUUCGACAUCAGGAGAGACGUAACAUUUGUCGCACCGUUUGUUUAAAUUCAUCGGAAGCGUAAGUUCAUACUAACAUGGCCUCAAGUGUGGCGAUGAAGUCUGCUGGGCUGGCAUCAGCAGUGUUAAAAUUGGAUACGUGGCUCAACACUCUGAGUUCUGUUCGCUUAACUGCUUCGACGAUAAGUUGUGUACCACAUUUUGGUUGGCGUUGAUUUCGGAAUAACCACGUAAUGCCCAUUCUACUAACAAGUAGUACUAUGAAUAGUAUCAAAUGCAUACAUCGAACAUAUUAUACCGUAAUCCCGACAAAGGCACUGACUAAAAGCCCAGACACGGGUUUUGUCGAUAUAUAUAUAUAUGUAAGAAAAAAAGAAAAGAGCUCAUAGGAAAAUCGAGUUGUACCCGUGAAUUUUCAAGUUGAUGACAUCAACUGUCGCUCAAUCCGUCUAACGACGGAGUGAUGUCGCUAACGUGAAAAUUUACGUAUAUAACUCUGAUAGAAGCGAACAGGCGAGUCCCAGGUAGCAGAUCAGAAGACGAAGAUGCGAUCACUGGGACAAGAAGUUUAUUUGCCUGACGUUUCGGAUUCUCACUCGAAUCCAUCAUCAGAGACAUUCGCAGAUAGAGGUGAAGGUGGCACCAGGAGUGCAGUAUUUAUAGCACGUGGCUGCCGUGGGACCGUAUGCGCACUGCAAUUAACAGUUCUCACAAUCGCCGAUGGGGUCGUAAUUGAUGCGGCGGUGGCUUGGCGGUCCGAGUCCGAGUCGUUAAUGGCCGCGAUUUCGUCAUCCGUGCUCGAUGCUGGUGUGACGAUUGUUCGGCAAACUGGCUCACUGUCACCGUGAUAAUUGCUCACCCGCGCCCUCCCCACGUGACUGAUUCUCCUGCCCAGGGAAAAUCGCAAUAUGGAAUAGGGUACCGGGAGGUCAUUGUGUUUGUUGAUGGAUUGCGGGCCUGAGAACCAUGACUCGAGCAGCUCACGACUCACGCGGUUGUCACCCUUUGCGAGGAUUUCGGCCUCUUGAAAGUUGAAAAUAUGGCCGGGUCCCGUCGAGUGUGACGCCACCUGAGAGUUAGCGUCUCCCCGCCUCACUGCUGCUGCGUGCUCGGCAAGUCACGUACGGAGUAAUCUCCCAGUUUCUCCGACAUAAUUGCUUUGUCCGCAACUACACCAGAUCCGGUAAACGACUCCAGACGUUUCCUGCCGUGGCAGCGGGUUUUUUGGCCUCAUUACUUGGCGUCUAAUGGUUGCUUCCGGCCUGUGUGCAACCCCAACUCCAAGUGGAGUGAGAAGACGACUGACGGCUUCCGAGACGUUCUUUACGUACGGAAGAGCCCGCCAAAAUUUGGGGCUAGUUGGAUUUGGUCUCUGGUGUCCUUUUCGUAUGCACUGGUUGACACAGUUGCGCGGGUAGCCAUUGGCUCUCAUUACCCGUCGAAGAUAUUGUAAUUCAGCAACCUUAUCUUCCAUUUCACUGCAGUGCGUCUCAACACGCCGGUAUAGCGCCCUUACGCAACUGCGUUUGUGACUGAUCGGGUGGUUGCUAUUGAAGUUCAGUAUUUGCGUCGUAUUUGUCGCUUUCCGGAACACUUUGGUUUUUAGGCCACCACAAUCUUUGCGGCAGACGAGGACAUCCAGGAAGGCCAGCUGAUUGUUUUCCUCCUCCUCCAUCGUAAAUUGAAUGUCCGGGAAGACGGCGUUGAGUUGUUCUUUGAAAGUCAGCACCUGAUCCCGUUCGAUGACUACGAAGGUGUCAUCCACAUACCGAGCCCAGAAUUUCGGUCUGUGGUGUCGGAAAACCAGCGACUCCAGCGACUCGCGGCCAUUAACGACUCGGACUCGGACCGCCAAGCCACCGCCGCAUCAAUUACGACCCCAUCGGCGAUUGUGAGAACUGUUAAUUGCAGUGCGCAUACGGUCCCACGGCAGCCACGUGCUAUAAAUACUGCACUCCUGGUGCCACCUUCACCUCUAUCUGCGAAUGUCUCUGAUGAUGGAUUCGAGUGA